AUGGACCCUGAUUUGUUGCCUCAAUUAAGAAAUGAUUGCUGGACACCCAAUAACACUGUGGUAUGUACAUGCCAGCACAAACUGGAGGAUGGAAUAAUCUACAUCGUCAAUCAGUUUGUCUGCAUCUUUGGUCUGAUGGGGAAUGGAAUUGUCCUUUGGUGCCUCAGAUACAAUGUCAGAAAGAAACCCAUCAUUAUAUAUAUCCUCAGCUUGGCACUAGCUGAUUUUGCCUACCUCCUCUGUUGCUUCUUUGUCAUCCUAGUUUUUUCUAUUGAAUAUUUCAGCAACUGUUACUGUUUCCCAUCGUUUAAGACGUUGCUCAUAGUGUACAAAGUGGAACUCUUCUUAUAUAGUACUGGCAUGUAUUUCCUAACAGCCAUUAGUGUUGAAAGGUGCCUGUCUGCUCUGUUCCCAUUCUGGUAUCGCUGCCGUCGUCCUGAGUGGCUGUCUGGUGCUGUAUCUGCAGUGCUAUGGAGCCUUGCUGCCUUGCUCUGUGGAGUGAGCAUCUCGACUAUAUGGGAGAAAACAGUCUAUCAAAGGAUGAACAAAGCAAUCAAUAUUGUAAAUAUCUUGUUCAUUGCCCCCAUUAUGGUCCUAUCCAGCCUAAUUCUGUUCACAAAACUAAAGUGCUGUUCACCACAACGACAACUAGGACAUCUUGGUAGAACAAUAUUACUCACGGUUUUCUUCUUUGUCAUUUUUGCCACUCCCCUCAACUUAGAGCAAUGGCUCAGAAACACAGACAAGUUCCCAAAUAUAUUCUACUUGCUUGCCUCAAUAAACAGUAGCAUCAAUCCAGCAAUUUAUUUGGGUUAUCGUAGGGAGAAAUGGUUCAGGGAGCCUUUUCGGUUCAUCCUACAAAGGGCCUUCAACAAGGAGAGAAAUACUACAAUGCAGAAUGGCAGAUAACAAAUAGCCAAGGUCAGGAGGCUUGGUGGUUUUCAUACGAAAAGCCUAAAUUGGUUUCUUUAUGUUAAAUUGGCUUCUCGUUGAGAUAGUGAGAGCAAUUAGAUCACAUCAGAAGGGGUGCUUCUCAGUCAAAUUAGACGUGAAAGGGAAUUUGUAUUCAAUUAAAUUGACACAAUUUCAUUCCAGAGAUGUCAAAUCAAUGCCGCUGCAAAUAGUCUGCUUUCCAAUGAACAGGCACAAAGCAAUGCACGUUAAAUGCAGAUGAAGGAGAACACAUGCUAUGUCAAAUACGUAUCUUUCGCUACUUGAGGUAGUCCCUCUUUUAAAUAUGCUAAAUAUUUUGUAUAGUUUGACCUUCAGAGAUUUUAGAAGGAAUAACUAUGAUCAGCUGUAUUACUUUCAAUAUUAAAAGAAGAAAAUGCUAAGACUCUGGUUUUCAAAUUGGGGCACCUGCCCUACAGGGGAGCAAUUUGAUUUUUAUGGGGGCAAUUUACGGAUGAGUUAUUAACAGUGAAUGUCCUGCAUUUCUAUGGUUCUAGGGGCAUCCUAUACAGUAUAUAUGUAUACACAGCCGGUUUGAGUCUCCAUGUGGAGAGAAAAAGUGGAUAUCAAUAAACAACAACAAAAAUAAUAAAUAAAAAUAUAUUGUGACACAUUUUUAAAAAAUUAAAAUCAGAAUGUGCAUGGCUGUCAGCUGGUGACAAUGAAGAGAGAGAAAGCCCGCUCAUAGAAAGGAAGGAGUGAGGAGAACAUAGAGUUAAGGAGAGAGAGCAGGAGCACAGAAAAGGGAGUCCACUUUCAUUCCAAGCACUCCCACUUCUUCCAAGUGUUCUUUUUAUUAGAAAAUAACUGCACCCAGUCUCUGGGCAUAUAUCCUUUUGGCAAAUGUGAAUCUUCAUGAAUAUGUGGAGACCACUUUUUGAAAACCACUAGACAAGAAAAGCAUGGUCUUGUUAGAAGGCAACUCUUUGAACAAGUGAUAUUCACAAGCAUUCAUGUAAUAGCACACAGGUAACUCAGCUGUCAAACUGAAGAACCAUGUCUUUAAACUGCCAAGGACAAAGACAUGCCACUACAAAAUUAUAUUUGGUUAGCAGAGGAUGGCUGUUUCUUUAAAGUUGAAAUUGUAGUUGUAUUUGCCCAAAACAUAUAUACUUCCCUUAAAACCCUUUAGUUUAAAAUAUAGAGAUUAAAAAAACCAAGUCUUCUUUGAAAAACAACAUAUUUUGUUUACUCAUAAACAUCUUGUAUUAAUUCACCAUACAGGCACAUUUCUUAUUGAAGUUUAGUUACAGAUAGGAUGUAUCUUCUCUCUGUGUUGAGUACACAGGGUAUCAUUCUUAAGUAUAUUUGUACAUGAGUAUACUUCUAUAUUGAAGUCCAAACAGCAACAUGCAUGCAUCCACUUCCACUGAGGUCUGAUGCAAACGUGAAUACAAAAUGGAGUUCUGAGUUUGAAUAUGCUCAGUACAAUCACAUGUCUAUAAUCCCUCCCACAUCAAAGAAGUACAGUCAAAUUAGCAAAUCAACAUACACAGGCCUGUAGCCGGAGGUGUGUGUGUUAGGGGUUCAACCCCCCCCCCCGAAAUUUUUCAGUUUUAAAAAAAACCCUGGUUUACUCAUGAAUUUUAACUGGUUAACCAAAUCCCUAUGCUAAGUCUGUGAGACACAAAAAUUAAGAGUCCCUCCAGGCACUAUCUCAAGCAGAUAUUGACAGGUCUGUAGCUUGGGGGAGGGGGGCAGGUUCAGGGGUUCAACCCCCCCCCCCGGAAAUUUUCAAAACCUUCCCCGAAUUUUUUUUUUUCUGGCUACGGCCCUGAACAUACACAUAGAAUACAGGUUAGCAAAUAUAAACAUUAACGACUUGGGAGGAAGUUAUUUCCAACACUUUUAACAUUACAAGCUAUGCAAGAUGUACAAAAAGCUUCCAUGAAAAUUAUUUUAUAUUUAUUCAUUUCAGUUCUCUAUUAUAUGUUUUGAAGCUUUAUUUGCUAUUUUUUCAUUCACUACAUUUUAUUAUUAUUAACAAUCUUUUAGUGAUUCCUUCCUCAAUACUUCAACUGUCCUUUCGUUCUUUUACUUUCCUUUCAUGGAUACCAUGUUCUUUGGAAGUUUGUUUAGACCAAGUUAAUGGCCCUUUAGACUUCCUCCACAUGAACAGGAGUUCAGUUUUUGAAUAAUAAGAAUUAUAUGUCAUGGGAGGAGUGGGGGAAUCAGGAUUUUUAAAGAUGCUUAGGUGGGGCAUGGCCAAAAAUGAUUGGGAGCCACUGUCCUCAAGGGUUCAUUUAUUUUCUACAUCUGCUAGCAGAGGUCAUCCAAUUAAUCACCCUGAGUACAAAUGAGGAGUGAUGUUGUGAAGCUUAGAAUAUUCUCUGUUUGCUUGAAUGUGCCAACUCUGAUAAGCUGCAACCAAUAAAGUUGUGGCAUUAUUUAUCCAACAUACAGUGUGUUUUGGUUGUUGCUGUACUUCUACAGCUAACAUCUGCAUUGCUUGGGAAAUAAUGGUAAUAGUUUAUUUUUUCAAUUCAAGUUCAUGGAUCCCCUGAAUUGUUUCCAUGGACCACUGAUUUAAAACCCCCGAUUUAGAACUUCUUGCUAACAUGAACACAAUCCUUCAUUAGCUGAAGUAUAUAUUCAGUUUCUCUUGGAAGUUCCCCAGCGUCAGCUAAUAUUUGGCUGCCUGAAAAAAAUGUAAUUGACUCCUAUACAAGUUAAAGUAGAAAAUGCCCCAGAUUUCAGAAUAUUUGGAAUUUAUAGUAGUUUGUGAACUCAUGACUAUACAACAAAGUACAUACUCUAAGUGCUUAGACUAAAGUAAAACAGGUAGCUUAUGCUUAUUGUUUUAGGGAAUAGGGCAAGGUCCUUAAACUUGGUUAUAGACCCUAAAUUUCAUGAGCAAAAUUGGCUUUCCUGUGUUUAAACCAUUACAGAGAUGUCAUGUACUGCCUACCUUUCUCUAGUUGGGAAAGAAGUAAGUGGAUAAUAGAGGAGGAAGAAAACCUUAGUCUUAUUGUCCACAAACAAAUACGAAAAAAAAACAGUUGGAUAAUUAUCAAGGCCUAUCUGGCUAUUCCACUUUUCCCCUGGUUUGCUGCAGCUUUGGUGCUUUAAAAUUCAAUGCUAGGCCGGUCAAAUUACUUUGGGAUCUGAGGCAGAAAAGACAACAGCUUCUCCCACCUCUUCCUGACUGUAAAAACACACCAUUAAUGCAUUUAAUAUUUAACAACUGGCUGGUCAUUUAUGAAAUGCAAAGCCAACUAUGCCUCAUUUUAACAACUGAUUAGGCUAUAUGCGUUGUAAAUUAUUAAAAUAAUGUACAUACAGUUUAUGAGAAGUACUUCAACAUAAAUCUAUAAAUAUUACUGCCUGUUUAGCUCUAAAUGAGCUGAAAGCAAAUAGCAAAAGGUACCACUACCAUGCUCUUGAAUCAGUAUAGGGUUGCCAUGCUACUUGACUGGCUGGAUUUAAUCCAGUUUCUUGGUAUUCUGUCUCAUGCUUAUUGGGAAUAUCAUUUGGCCCAGGUUCCCAGUUCUCAUUUGAAAAAGCACAAGUCUCUUGGUUGACAUGGUUUAAUUCAGUUUUCAGGUAUUAGUUAUUGUUUAUACCAUCAUCUAGGCCAGAUUGCAAGUUUUCAUUUUUAAAAACUCACACAUUUCUAUAGUUUUUAGGCAGAAAAAAAAAGUACAGUCUGGUUGUUUUAUGGGAAGAAAGCUUGCCAGUGUCUUUGAAUUUGUUUAGCUAAUGAGUGACAUUUUGUCCUACUACUUUUGUGACUCAUUCAGAAGAUCUUAUCACAGUUACUUGAAUCUACUGCACCAUCGAUUGUAAUGCACACCUCAAUUUUGAGAUGCACAUUACAAAAAAUGGAUUUGCCAGAGAAUCAAGGAGAUGUGGCACCUACCUUGUCCAAGUAUUUUUUCUCUUUUAUUUUAAAGACUGUUUCAAGACAGAAGCUUUUUUUAAAAAAAAAAGCUAUGCUGGUUUGCAAGUUCUGGCACCGGAAAAGUAAAAAUGGACCUUUUCCAAAAGGCUAAAUAAAAAAAUGUAGUGGUAGGAUUCUGGGACUUGCAAUCCCCCUUAAUAAAACCUUGUAAAUUGUAAAUAACAUAAUUAAAAUCUUAAAUAAAAAAUAAAUUUAAAA